UUUAUACUCUGGAUUUCCAUGUGCUGUUGGAAUUUGGAUGGACUACAGAUGUGUUUAGAAAUGAUGCUGACAACAGAUGUAGCGGCAGUCGUGCGUAAAAGUGGGACGGCACCUCGGGCAAAUUGCCACAUCUAGUGUUUCUUCUGACAUCGAGUGCAACUUGAUGAAACGGGUUGUAAAGCGUUGGGUGGGCCGGCACAAGCGUGUGUGUCAAGAAUGAGAAGAACAUUUGCAAAACUCAAAAACUGGAAAAUCCUGUCUUCACCCCUGUCACUGCUGAUUGUGUAUAUCCUGCUGUUGGUCCAAGUAAAGUACAGCUUCAUCCCUGAACCUUCAACUUCCCCGGAAGUUGCAGAUGAUGUGCAGACACAUCACAAGUACAAUAUCAGCUGCCCGGCUAUAUAUGACAUGGACCCGGUGGAGGUGGGUAAAUCCCUGAGGAUUCGAUGGAAAGAAGUUGUGGAGGAUGAGGAUGAAAGUCUUUUUAACCUCACCUCAAACUGCCCAUCAUUCAUCAAGUCCAGAGGUUAUGACAAGGUGUGUGUCUCAGAGGAGGAGAGAGACUUCCCUCUAGCUUAUUCCCUGGUUGUGCAUAAAUCUGCAUGGAUGGUGGAGAGAGUCAUCAAAGCCCUGUACUCACCAGGUAACAUCUUCUGUAUUCACUACGACCAGAAGUCAUCACCUCAGUUCAUCUCUGCCAUAGAGGGUCUGGUGAGCUGUUUGCCCAACGUCUUUAUUGCCUCCAAACGAGAGUCGGUCUAUUAUGCAAGCAUCACUCGAUUGCAAGCUGAUCUCAACUGUCUGUCUGACCUUUUGAGGUCAGAGGUUAAGUGGAGGUAUGUCAUCAACCUCUGUGGCCAAGAUUUUCCCCUCAAGUCCAAUAUCGAGCUGGUGUCGGAAUUAAAGAAGUUAAAGGGGGCUAAUAUGCUGGAGACGAGCCGACCCACUCCCUAUAAGGAAAUGAGGUACUCUUUUCAUUACGAGCUGAAAGAUAUCCCACAUGAAUAUCAAAAACUGCCGAUGAAGACGGAGCAGAAAAAGCCUCCACCCCCUCACGGCAUCGAGAUGUUUAUUGGCAAUGCCUAUUUUGUCUUGUCACGGGACUUUGUUGUGCAUAUGAACACCUCAGAGGUGGUGAAGGAUUUCUUAGUCUGGUCAGAUGACACUUACUCCCCAGAUGAACACUUCUGGGCCACGCUUGUGCGACUGCCAGGUGUCCCCGGGGAGGUGCCCCGAUCUGAGCCUGAUAUCACUGACCUGAUGAGUAAGACCCGGCUGGUGAAGUGGAGUUACUUGGAGGAACACCUGUACCCACCUUGCUCCGGGGUACACGUCCGCAGCGUCUGCAUUUUUGGUGCUGCAGAGAUGCGUUGGCUGCUUAACUAUGGCCACUUGUUCGCAAAUAAGUUUGACCCCAAAGUGGACCCAAUUAUCAUUCAGUGCCUCGAGGAGAAGCUGGAGGAAAGACAAAAGUUAUUACAGUCAGUGGCAUCCCCAACCUGUAAAAAGGUUUCACCAAAGUAACAACAAUCAACAGAGCAUUCAUCUGCAACAUCUUUAAUAGUCCAUUAAUGAUUGAAGUAAAAACGAGAAAAUGCCAAAAUUCAGCUUUUCUUUUUCAGUCUUUAAAGAUCAAAGAUUGAUUCUGAAGCAUAAUAAGACGAAAGAUCAUAUCAACGUACGUUCAAAGCAACUGUGAAGGGCAUUUUUUACAUAAUUAAAAUGAAACGUAUCAGGGGGUGAUGCAUAUCCCACUCAGGAAAUACUAAUGUUUCUUAUAUUGAAAUAAUGUCAUUUUCAAUAUCUCAUGAUGCCAUUUAUACUGUAAAAUGAAAUGAUUGUUUAAUCUAAAUAACUAAAUAGCUGUUACUGGUAGCAAAUGUUUAUGCAUUAAUAAGUAUGACAAUUUUCUGACUCAAAUGUCAUGACGAUGUCAUUCCUACCAUAUGAUCAUGGUUACAUCAUUUUUUACCUGAGGAAGUUUAAGGUUGUGUCUAUAGUCUUGUAUGGUGAAGGGAUACAUGAGGUCAUUUUCUGAACGUAUCGUGAUUUCUUCACAACGUCGCUUGUCAUAUGAUAUCAUAAGACCGGGGGUGAUUAUCUAAUCACGAUAAGUUCUAUUAUUUGUAGGGAUAUCAUGGAAAACUUCUAUUUCAGAUCAUUUCUUUGGAGACAUUGACCUUGAUUAAUGAGCUCCAUAAGUAUAUCUUCUGAGGGGUGAGACAGGUGAAGCAAUAACCUGCUUGCAUGGAUAUCCGCCGGUGCACAGUUAAAUAAUCAUUUUAGCUCUUGGUCAGUAAUACUUAGAAGCAGCACUUUGUUCAUUUGAGAAGAUUCAACCAACUUCAAAGGCUUCAUAGGCUCAGAUUUCCCUAAGAUGACUACCUGUCACCUCGAAGGAUCACUUCACCCAAUUUGCUGAAAGGCACUUUGUUGUGUUUUCUAUCCAUGCAAACAGUUUUAGUUUUAUUUGUCCAGGGUUUGAGAUGUGACAUUCUCCACCAGGUCAAUAGAAUUAAAAACGGAAUUAUAAUUGAACUAAAAUAAUCAAGAAAAGCGGGUAUUUUUAUACAGGUAGGGGGAUGAAUGAAUGAUAAUUAUAAUAGUAAUAAUGCAAUUAUAACGUAAUAAGUCGUUACAUUUGAGAACUAACUACUCCAACUUGGUUCCAAUUCUUCUGACAUAUAUGGAAAGAUUUUAGUUACUUAAGAGUUUCCCAAUGUAUCAGUUAUUUUGAGAUACGCUCAAAAUACAUAAUACUGUGAAAAUAAAUGUAUGUAAUGAUAAAUGAAUUGCCAUUGUUUCUGUACUUGCAUAUUAUGUAAAUGAAGACGAAUGCAUAAAUUAACUGGUUUUGUACUGUCCCUCAACAAGAAAUUAAAUGCUGUGUGACAAAGUA